UGGGCGCCGGAGGCUGUCGGAUUCCGGGGACUUCUACAGCCCUCGCCCGGCUGCCCUCGGCCGAGGUGCGCGCCUGGCGGGUAGGCCUGGGGCGGGGGGCACGCCCUCGGGCUCUGCUCCAGUCAGCGGACAUCUGGGCGCACCCCUAAAGCCCACAGAUUACACUGCCAUGAAGGUGAAGAUUAAGUGCUGGAAUGGUGUGGCCACUUGGCUCUGGGUGGCGAAUGAUGAGAACUGCGGCAUCUGCAGAAUGGCAUUUAAUGGCUGCUGUCCAGAUUGUAAGGUGCCUGGCGACGACUGCCCACUGGUGUGGGGCCAGUGCUCGCACUGUUUCCACAUGCACUGCAUCCUCAAGUGGCUGCAUGCACAGCAGGCCCAGCAACACUGCCCCAUGUGCCGCCAGGAGUGGAAGUUCAAGGAAUGAGGGCUCCUGCCCCCCACGCUGCACCUGGGCUUGGGCCCUCACCCCAGAUGAGACCCUGUUGUUCUGAUGGGAUGGGUAGCUUUGGUCUCUGCGGGGAUGGGCCCCUGUGGG